GUGGUUAAACAAGGUUAUUUGACUGAUCCCUCUUGUGAUAGUUCUGAUACAAGUGUGGUUAACUGGGUAUUUUUCUUUUUCAGGUAGUAAACUUCGAUUCUUAUCUGAUCCCCAAAGAAGCGUUCGAGAUCUACAUUAUGGGUGGAAAAGAGAUCAUUAUCGCAUCUAAAACCUUCAAUGCCAUGCCAGGACUGACGCUGAUCUACAUCAAUGGCACAAAGAAAAUUGUGAUGGAGACAAAGUCCUUUUAUAACAUUAACUCUUCUAGUCUACUAAUUCAAAUGCAAAACUGUGAUGAAAUAAUUAUUAAGACUGGUGCCUUCGAAUAUAUUCAGAGCUCUGUCUCUACAGAAUUAUUCGAUAUUGGUUACAUUACUAUAGAGCAAGCAGCCUUCAGUAAGCUAUACAACAGUACAUUCAAAAAUGUAAGAGAAAUCAAGUUUCAUGAGAAAUCUUUCGAUUUCAAGAACCAAGGAAACAUCGGAAGGCAUGGCCCUGUUACUGUAAUAAUAUUCGAUAACGUAGGCAUUCCCGAAAUUCCUCGGGAAGUGUUCCUCAAGCCACUUGCGAGCAUCUCAUUUCGAAAUUCUAAUAUCGGAGUCAUCCAUUCGGAAGCUUUCAAGGCUGCUGAAAUUGCAUCUAUCGUCAUGGUCGAUACGAACAUAGGAGAGAUUAGAGGCGGAGCUUUCACGGAUAGGACUCUGAUAUGCGAUUUCAAGAUCAGCAAGUGCACCAUUUCCAAGCUAGAUAACAAAUCUAUCAUGGCUGCUAUAGGAAACUUCUCUAUGAAUCAUUCCAUUGUUACAGAUAUAGAAUCCAAAGCCAUAACCAGCACAAUCGCGAAUUUUGAAGUAGUGGGUAAUCACAUCGUCAACAUCCAAACGUCUGGCUUCAAUAUCAUGAACUGGAAUAGAAUCGUGAUGGACCACAACAUAAUCAUACACCUCCAUUCCGGAUUCAUAGAAGCAUCACAUGGUACAGAUAUAGAAAAAAUGUCCUUCAAAGGCAACGAAAUACAUAGGAUCGAGGACGGCGCUUUCAGUUUCAUCUCACAGGUGGAGAAUAAAUUUCUAAUUUUUGACGACAAUUUCUUCAACAAAUCUUGUAACUGCUCUAUUGACAAGUGGAUUGAAAGUAUAACGAAUAAUUCUGGAAAAAAUGAACUUGUUAUGGACACUAGUUUUUGUACAGUUGACGAUUUCUUGUCCAGAUGUUUUUCCUUACCUGUUGGAAUAAUCAAUAUCCAAAACUUUACCAAAACAGCUUGCACAAACUUCACUGUUUGCGAACCAUAUGAAGGAAAAACGAGGAUAGUGAACACAACUAGUAAAAUUUUCAUCCCAGAGGACGAUUCUGAAAAACAAAGUUGGCUAAUUUUUAUGAUAACCAUAAUUGGACUCUUCAUAGUGGCCAUUAUAGUUACUUUCAUCAUUUUGCUCGUAAGAGGCAGUAGAUGGCUGAAAGAGAAAGGUUGCUUUCGAAACGUUCAUUAUAACAACAAUGAAUUAAGUAACGAGGAGGAAGGCACCAUUGUGACCAUGGACGAAAAUGAGAAACUAGAUAUUCCAGAAGAACUGACCUUAGAAUUUCUUCAAGUCUUAUCUAAAAGACUUGAUGACCCCAAUACUCACCAAGAAGCUUCAGAAAUGAUUGAGAGGCUUUACGAAAUGUUUAUAAUAGAUGAUGCCUAUGAAAACAAUAAUAGGCAAGAAGAAGAAGCUCAUCUUUAUGAAGAACUCGGCAAUCUCAACUUACAAAUACCUCCACCACCUUACGAAGAAGAAAAAGAAACUUCAAAUGGGGCAAGGAGUAUUCUCAAGCUAAUGGAAGAGAAAUUCAAUAACCUGCAAACUGGAGAAAGAGAGCCAAAUGAACAAAAACCUGCUCUAGUAGGUGAAUAUUCUGAACCAACUGAUGCUGCAGUACACUUGUAUUCCGAACUGAAGAAUAAAAGUGAGCGGAUCGAUGCCAAGAACAGCAAUGACACUGUGAAAUCUAAUGGUUCAACUACGUUAAGGCCAUUGCCAGAGAAACCAAGUGACGAAAAAUUAUUAAUACAGGCUGGACCGUCUUAUAGACUCUAA